CGCGAUGGCUAUGAGUCAAGUGAGCCCUUUUGUCUGCAGAUAAGGACAACGAUGUCAUAACACUACCGCAGCUCUUCAUUGCACACGGGUUAUAUUUCUUUCCGCAAUGUGGCUCACAGGCCUACUGCGGUGAACAAGAUGUCUACGACAGAUGAGCAUCAAUUGCCCACCAUCGAGCUGCAAUCACGAGAUCAGCAUUCUAAUGAACAUGGCGAUCUUCAUGAAGCGGCCUCGCAAGGGCAAGAAUUGAAACCUGUUGACCGUGGACGGGAUGCCUGGAUCGUUCUCAUCGCCACCUUCGUUAUCGAGGCCUUAUUUUGGGGCUUUCCCAUGUGUUUUGGCAUAUUCCAGAACUACUACUCCGAUCUCCCCGAGUUCAAAAAUGAUCGAGCCAACAUCCCUAUCAUUGGAACCCUAGCUCAAGGUCUCUAUUCCGUUGGUGCUCCGUUCUCUGCGGCCCUGACGAAGAGGUUUCCCAAACACCAACGACAGCAGAUCUGGGCUGGCUGGCCGUUAUGCAUCAUCGGCUUGCUAGCUGCAUCUUUCGUGAACUCUGUCAACGGUCUUAUCGUGACUCAAGGUGUACUCUACGGUAUAGGCUUUGUGACACUCUCUUAUCCCACUAUCAGCAUGGUGAAUGAGUGGUGGGUUGCUCGGAAAGGCAUGGCAUUUGGCCUCAUAUCUGCUGCUUCAGGAGCCACUGGCGCCGCGAUGCCAUUCAUCCUCGAGUCUCUUCUUGCCAAGUACGGACACCGAAUAACCCUUCGGGCCAGUGCAGUGGCAAUGUUUAUCCUCACAGCUCCGCUGCUCCCUCUAUUUAGGGGCAGAUUACCACCUUCUGAAACUGCGACUUUGGCAAGGAUUGAUUGGGCAUUCUUCAAGCGACCUCUAUUCUGGGUUUACGCAUGUUCGAUCUUUGUCCAGGGCCUUGGGUUCUAUUUCCCGGUCGUGUUCCUGCCCUCUUACGCGACGUCUGUUGGAAUGCCUACCAUCAAAGGUGCUCUGCUUUCAGCCCUGAUGUCAAUCGCUCAGGUUCUUGGUCAAUUUUUCUUUGGCUUCUUGUCGGACAAGAACCUAUCGGUGAGCUUUCUCGCAAUCGCCUGCUGCAUUGUAGCAGCGGCGGCGUCCUUUGGACUCUGGGGUCCGGCAAAAUCUAUGCCGCUGCUUGUUGUUUUUAGUCUUAUAUAUGGCUUCUUCGGGUUCGCAUUUGGAACCAUGCGCGUCGCAAUGGGUCUUGCAGUGACCAAAGAUCCGUCCAAUGUGUUUGCCACCUUUCCCAUAUUUGUGUUCUUGCAGGGAAUUGGAAAUAUCCUUGUGGGACCUAUCAGCGCCGCCUUGGUGUCUGGGAAGGCUUCACCGGGGCGUUUCGGUGCAGGUCUCUACGAAAGCACAAUCAUUUUCACAGGCUCGUCGUCUAUUCUCGCUGCGCUUAUUAUAGGUUUGUGGCACGGCUAUCAACCUCUAAAGGCUUUGCUUAAGCCGUAGUCCUGAAAUGGACCGGCUAAUGGUCAUCAUGAGACAAACAAAAAGUUAGUAAGAGACUUUAGAACGCAAUCUUGUAGCAAUAGAGGUUUACCAGGGAAGAUAUGAUUGGGAAUUUUUGGCUUCUUUAUCACGUGGAUCAAAAUGAUGCCCCGCCGCCCCAAGCUUCCACUGCAUGUAUCCGUACAACAACAGCUAUUUACAACGAAUAGUUGUUUAUUUAGUUCCUUCUUUCUUUCUAUAGACCAGACUAAACAUUUCUCUCCUGCUGGUGGAUACCAAUCUGACCCGUGAUCGCAAUAGAACAUGGUGGUGCAAUCAAUCUUUGCGUCUCAUCCAUCAUUGUGACAAUUUCCAGUUUGAACACCUUUGCGUUUAUUCUUUUUCUUCUUCUUUCCCUUCUCCUUCGAAGUCAGGCAUGCAUAGACCGC